AUGGUCGAGACUGUAGCACAAAUAGAAGAAGACCAGCUCAAAUGGUCAUCGGCACCAAACUACGCAGCAGUCCUGGACCUGAAUCGCCAAUACCUUCGCGGUGAGAUGAUGACGACGCCCUAUAACCAUCGCUCGGUUCACCACGAGACGAAGCCAGAUGAGAAGCUGCUCCCUCUUCACGAUUAUGGCUUCCUCGCUUUUGACUGGCAACCGGGAAAACACGUAGGGCCCGAUUGCGAGAUAGGCCAGAUGACCAUGGACGGUGAGCUGAAAUGUGAAGGGGACGGCACUUUCUCCGAGAUCCAGACGAGGGAUUGCAUCCACUUCAUGAUGCCACUAGGACUGUUCAAGCAUGACGCCCUGCAGGUGUUCUGGUUGUCGCUCAUAAGGCAUCCCGCGAUCGUCACCAGAAUCGUGACCAAGCGUCACGGGAGACUGUACCCCGGCAGCACCGAGUCUCCGCAUGUCGUAGUCAGCGGGAACCUCGACUCCGACCCCUAUCCUAUAGCCCGCCGUCGUGCGGCCCCCACCGUGGAUCGGCUCAAGGACGCGGUCUAUUUGACGUACGGUUACGCGCCUCCCGUCCCGUUCGUUACGGAAGCUUCCAAGUGGAAAUGCGAUGCUUUGUCAAAGACUCUCCCUCUGGAGUUCUGGGUUGCUGCAAAGCGAUGGGCUGGGACGCUUCGCGUUGCGGUGUUGGUCGAGGACUUGGCGGUGGCAGCAGGGCUGAAGACGGUCUACACUGAGGGUUCUGCAGGGAAUUUAUCUAGCGCUGUCAUGACUCCCCCGAAUCUCCGCACCGUCCUCUUCUUCCCACCUCACCUCUCCCCCAAUCCCACUACCCUCCCCCUUCUCACAGCCCUUCAAUCGCUACUCAACGUCUCCUACACUGCCACAUACUGCCCUCGUCCAGAUAUCUUCGGCACCUCGCACCUCCGCAUCGCAGAUCCGACCACAUUCGCCGACAUCAUCGGCGCGGACGGCUUCACCAUCGUCGUCUUCGCCGCGAAAAGCGAUCUGCGCCGGGAUCCGACCGAAAGCAGCGAUGGCGACAGGGCACAUGCGAGGAGGGACGGCGAGCUGGUGCAGAUGGUAGCGACCGGUAGCGUAAUGGCCGUCGAUGACGAGGAUGUCAGAAAGCGCGCGCAGUGGGCGUCCCGUGCCGGGCGGGCUGCUCCAGGUCAAGAGAGGCAGGGCAGGGAUGACUCCGAUUCUAAUUCCAUCUCUGCUGCGUUGGGAGAACUCAACGACAAGCUCCAAGCGCUCUGUCGUGAACGACAAAACCCAGUUCCCAUACACGAACUUCGCGCCUUUGCGGUCUCGCCUACGCAUCGGGGCCUUGGGCUUGGCGCUCGUGUUUUGAAAACUGUGGAGUGGCUGCUUGGUCGCGAUGCGGCUGGCGUGCUGGAUUUUGCAAGGGGAGUACAUGCGCCGGGAUUUUCAGGGGCGCAUUUGUCGUCGUCGUUGCGGACUGAGAUGGGUGGUCAGGUGCACGGGGUGGAUUUGGAUGAGGUGAUGAAGGUUUUAAAUCAGACUAGAAUUGCAGAUUUUGCUGGGUCUGAAGCUGAGCAAUUGCAAAAAGACACUGCAAACGGUAAAGAGAGUCAGUUAGGUCAUCGCAAACUUGUGCUCGUCGCUAUCCGCGAGCUCGGCAACGAGGGUUACUAUCAAAGGCGAGGGUAUAAAAGCCUUAGGACCCGUAUCCUGCCUUUGGGUACUUGGGGCAGUAAUGCUGAGUGCACUACUGUUUAUAUGGAGAAAAGUAUUUGA